CGCGUGUAUUGUCAGCCCUCGCCGCAUCGUUGAUCAAGCAUUCUGGGUAAAAUAACGUGUGUCGUGCUGUCGUGUUUCUCCUCCCGUUCCUCCCAUCAUCGGACAUCGUACGACGUUAUGAGAGCAGUGAGAAAUAAGUGAACGAGGCGACUGAACGAGUCGCAAAUCGGUAUCGUUCAAUUUGCAAAUUUCCGAGCUUCUUUCUUUUUCUCCUGUUCUCUUCGGAUCGAUCCGCGAACCGGAGCUCGCGUGAGAAAGCGCGAUCCAUUUUCCAAUUUUCGUAGUGGGAAGGAACGAGCGAUUCAUUGUAUCAUAUCUUGUACUAUUUCGUGUAGUCCAUCUCGGUGGAUCCUAAUUCGCUGCUGCACAUUUUACACGGAGAUCUCGUAGUUUCUACGAUCAGCCAACGACGAUGAUCGACCUAACAGUUAAGACCUUGGAUUCCCAGAAUCACGUCUUCUCCCUUGAAGACGACCAAAUCACGGUCCGUGGCUUUAAAGAACACAUAGCUGAAUCUGUGGCGGUACCAGCUGAUUCACAAAGGUUAAUUUAUUGCGGAAGAGUGCUUCAAGACGACAAGAAAUUAAAUGAUUAUGAUGUCAAUGGAAAAGUCAUACACUUGGUGCAACGCGCGCCCCCUCAACCGGGUCAACACGGAAAUGAUGGUGGGCAAUCACAGGGGCAAAACCGACCAGGCUGGCAGAACUCCCAGAGAUCACAUUAUCGUGUGACACGUACCCAGAUGCAUGGAAAUGCGAUGUAUUUAGGUGCCAUGUCAGUACCAGCAGAAAUUGUAGAAGGACAUGGGAUACCACAAUUAAGCAACAGUUUAUCCGGCAGCCGAUUGAAUCAUGCAGGUCGCAUGCUCGAUCGUAUAAACGAGUUGCUUGAUCGUUUGGAUGAUCCCAGUGCUCCUCCUCUGCACCCUACCCCAUCCGAACUGAAUCAAUCGACGACACAACAACAGCAGCAAUCGCAAGAACCAGAACUGGAACAAAAUGAAAGCAAUGAUGCCUCGAGAGAUGACAGUGGUGCUAGACUUGCGGAAGCUGCUGCAGCCGCCAUUACAGCCGCGUUAUCCGCUGCUGGUGCGCGCGCGGUUACAUUGUUCAGAGGGAGUAAUUAUAAUGGAGGAAAUGCGAGAUCUACAAGCGACACAAAUGAGACUCAAAGUGAUGCACAACCUCAAUCGCAAUCACAAUCACAUCCGCAAAUACAAACGCAGCAGGAACAGCCGCAACAACAGCAGCAGCAACCACAACAAGCACAAGCGACUACAGACACGGGAGCUGCAUCGAGCAACGCUGGACAAAGCAGACGUGCUCAGCAGCAAGACCUUCCGCGACCUCGGCAAAUGGCAGGAUUAUUGCAGAGAUUGAAUAACACUCAAGAUCGAUUAAGACCAUAUUUGGAACGUUUGUACUUCCUCACGCUUAAUGAUCCCCCAUUCCUGCCUGGACAGAACGUGGAAAGCAAUCAGAGAAUAGUGGACGGAGUCAGUGAAAUUUUGCACCUAAUGUCUCACAGCUGCCACGCGUUAAGUGACAUUAUCAUUGACUUAAGUCAACCACCACCCAGAAAUUUGCGCUGCCGACCAAUAAUAGUACAACAUUCAGCCAUCUUGCAGCCCGGUAUACCGAUUCAAGUAGAAGCUCACAUCAGUUUGAACGGUCGUAGUGCUAAUAAUAAUAAUGUUAACGACGAGUCGACCGAGUCCGGUAGUCAACAGACGCAAUCGGACAACGCGGAAUCAACGACAUCGUCGUCGCGCGUUAAUAUGGAAGAGGGCAGUCAGGAACGAGAAUCCGAUAGUGCGCAGACGCAAGGAGAGCGAUCACAACAAGAGCAAGGCCAAUCGCCUUUCGAUACAGUAUUCAAUUUACCGAACAAUGUUGAAGUGCUGAUGGAAGUUAGUUCCGAGAGUAAUAUAGAUAGUGCAUCUGGCAAUGAACAAAGCACGGCAGGCAAUGAAACCAACAACAACGGCAACACCCGUAGGACGACAAAUGUAUUUCCGUUCGGUACAGGUCCGCCGCCGUAUUUCAUGCGAAACUUUAUGCAAGCUGUUGCCGGACACAUGGUGCAUGGUGGCAUUACUACCACGACUAUAAACCCGAGAAAUCCACCAGUCACUGCUGCAGGAGCACAACAGAGUGUCCCAACAUCGAUAGACAGCGGAAAUACGAAUGCCGGUCAAAGCACUCAAGCACGGAGCAACACUGGGACUCAUCCUACUACCGCCACACAAACUCGAAGUACGUCGAGGCCGCACGUGUUCCAUCAUCACGCUCAUCCCGUUGGUCUUGGCAUGAGCAUCGGACUGGGUCUUGAUUUCGAUCCCUAUCUCCCGUGUAAUUCGCAUCAUGUAUAUCGCACUUCGGCGAACACCGCAUCCAGUACUACAAGUGGCAUGACAACCUCUUCGCAAACGACGCGUACAUCGUCGACAGCCACGGCGGACGCUCAGAAUCAAACGAAUCAAACUGCAACUACUUCAACUACAACCACUAGUGUUCCUCCUACGAACGCAACAUCGGCCAAUGCUGAGACGGCUAACAAUAAUCCUUUUGCAAACUUAUUACAACAGCUAUUAAAUCAGUCGAUGACCCGUCAAUCACCAUCCACUCCCAUCAAUACUAAUCUCCGCAAUGCUGCCACAGGUCCACUUUUGCUAGAACAUGUUGGUGACUUCAUGCAGAUGCUCGGCAACAAUAUACACGUGGGAUUUGUAAGCGACAGUGCGAAUGGAAGUGCGCUUACUUUAGCUGACUUGUUCGAGGGUGGAGGUCUAUCUAUGGAUCUUUUCACGUCACACGAAUCUGGCAGAGAAGAAAACUUCCUCAUUGAUCUCUUUGUGUUGCUGGCACAAACUAUGACUCUGGAUGGAUUGAUCAGGCUACGUCUCGGUCAAUGGGAGCCUAUCGCUCGUCUUCGAAGACCCCUACAGGAGUUCCUACAAUACACGUUCUCUGAUGCCCCAUCACGAGAAGCUCUUCAAGAACAAACGAUCGAACGUUUGCUUUCUCAACUAAGACCUCAGAUCCGAAAUCUUUUGGCAUCCGAGGAAGACGCCAGCGGUAGGAGCGGCUCUCGUAUUGACAUAUGCGCGACCAUCGAGUCGUUGAUCGCUCGCCAUGCGAGAGAUAUACUUAGGAUCUUAUUCGACAACGAUGUCGACGAUGCAAGAUUCGGACAGGACAUACUAAACAUUCUAAUUACUUUGUGCAACCAAUUCUAUACGGUGCUGCGAUACUCGCUGCGCGGCGGUCAAGUUGGAUUGGAGGCAAUUGCGACGCGUUUUGUGGGUGACUUGAUGGAAGGUGGCAAUCCUGCUCUUCUCGAGUGGAUACUGAAUGGAUUUAUCACCCAUCUUCGUACUUAUUUUCUACGCGUGCCACAACCACCGGAUUCAGAAAUUAUACCGCUUUUAGUAUACAAGGAUUCAUCGUCCCAGCAGUCUUCGGUAUCUUCGGCUUCGACCCGCCAAUCCACGCAAGCACAAUCGGAAGAUGAGCCAAUGGAAACGGAAUCUUUGGAGCAGCAACAACCGACGCUCGAAAGCUCGAGAUCCCAGGUACCUGAAGAUCGAGAAGAAAUUCCGGAAACAUUCCCUGGACACGAAGCUUUACCUUCGGAUUGGGUGCCGAUUAUUGCUCGCGAUGGGGUGAGACAACGACGGCAGCUGCAGGGUACGACACCAAAUGGAGGCGUAACAACAUUUAGUGACGCAUAUCUAGGCGGAUUGCCGAGCAAGCGUCGCAAGCUUAUCGAGCAACAAAAACCACGAUUAUUAGUCAGCCCGACGCCAAAUCAUCAUUCGACGAUAGCGGCGUCCAUGGAACGGUUGGUCAGGGAGGGAGUAGGUCGCGCGGGUGUCGAGGAAGUCGAAGGUGCCGCCGUAGCUGUCGCGGCGGAUCCAGCCGUGCGACGCGCGUUCGGUCAAGCUAUCAGAGAUUGUUUGAACCCGUGUCGAUACGGCACGCCCGAUUUCCCGGAUCCGUUGCGCUUCCCGAACGCGACCAAGUAUUUCACGGAGCAAGAACGGCCGCCGAAAUAAUAUAGCUAAUAGAUUAUAACAUCGUACUUUGAUUUUCGGAUUACCAGAUUGAAGGAGAUAUAUUAAUUAAAAUUCGACAACGAAUAGGCGACUGGCGUCUCGAGAGAGUCGACAAGCAAGAUUUGCCUUCGUAAACAUCCUAUAAUUGUAAUUACUAUUCUAAAAAAAAAUAGUAAGAAGGAAAUUAUCGAUUCUUUCUUGAAUAAAUAUCUCCGACGAAUCUAAAAUGAUUAAUCAGUACGGUGCAGACACGUACCUAUUUAUCCACCUACCUACAUAUUAUCCAUAUGCCCAUAUCAAUGUUUCUGCUUUAAUAGAAUUACCAUAAUAGAAUUACUACUCUUCAGCUUAAGUUUGUAAUUGAUAAAUAAAAUGAUAUUUAUAGGGUGGUCUUCUUAAAUCAAAUUCCUCCUCAAAUCUUUAUCAAGGAAAAGCAUUGAUUCCAUAAAACGACAGACACCCUGUAUAUACAUAGAUGUAAAAAUUGUUAACUGUACAUCUCUAUAUUUAUGAAUUUACAUAAACUAGUUAAUAUUCUCCGUUGUCUUUCUCACUUGCAAAUCUCGAUUUUUGUUAUCUUUUCCUCGUUAAAUUGGCCAUUCCGAAUUUCAAAGUAGUAAAUUCUGAAGCAAUUGUAAUAAGAAAAAAUAGGUCGAUUUCGUUUUAAUUCUCUUUUUUUAGUGAGUACGACAAUGAUGGAUAUGACAAUGCGGCACUUGAUUGAAAGCGAUGCAUUGUAAGUCACGAAAAUCUUAUCAGAUAUAUCGUGUAGAUAAUUUUCAAAUGUACGCGAUGAUUCUCGAGGAUAUUUUCGAACCGGAGUCUUUCUACGACGCGCGUAUUAUACGUUUAUUCGCACGAUAAAAAUAACAAGCAAAUCAAUGUGUAUAAUGCGUGAUUAUGAUAAUAUAUUGUAUGUGAAAUAAUUUUAACCGUUCUAAUAACCAAACAGUUGUACGAAGAAAAAAAAAGAAAAUAAUAAAAUUGUAUAUCCCUUUUC